CUACUGAAAAAGUGAAAAGUAAACUUUUUCUCAAGCCUCUCUCAGUUUAGAGGUAGAAAUGGACAGAGAAUUUCAUCGAGAACAUCGUUAAUGGCGUAUCAAUCUCUUCGCUUUACAGACCGUCUAAGCUACACCUCUGAGGGUGGAUCGUUACUCGGUGCACACCCUCUAGAUACUCUUCCCACCAUUGUUAUGGAUGGUGGCGCACGACAAUUUCUGUUAACGAGUCAAGACUCGGACAAAACCGAUUCCAUCAGUGAAUCAAAUAGAUUAGCUGAUCUAUCUGCAAGCUUCAAAAUGAUAUCUAGUUCAUUGAUGAAGAUGAAAUUGGCUGACAUCGAGAUGAUUAAAGCUAGAGAAAUUUCACGUAUUGAAUCUGAAAAACGGAGUGUUGAAGUAGAAGCUAAUUUGACUCAGAUGCUGGUUAACACUCAAUUAGAAAUCGCUUCAUUUCUUUCUCGGACGAUUCAAAAGCGGAAGAGGAAACGAGUUGAAAACGACGAUUCUUCAAUAUCCGACAGGCAGAGCCUUCUAUUACUGGGGUUACUUCAAUGCAACAUAUUUUUCUGAAAACAUGGUGCACUAGAGAUGAAUAAGUACAGCUAAAAUACUGGCAGUUAAUGGAUGCGGCACAGACUGGUAGAGAAAUCCUUAUUAUCUACAUUGGAAGUAGGUCUAUCUUUUUUAUAUUUUAUAUGCAAACGAGUAUAUAUGACUGUAAUUGUUGAUAUAUCCGAUAUAAAGUUUAGGUAUACUAGUUCCCAUUUUAAGCAUGUUUUCCUUCUUGUUGGAACCUCUGUAGCUUCUAGCACCACUGAGAGCUUAAAAUCCUGGUAAUAUUGUCCGUGUACACUCCUUGAAGAAUUGCAAUCUAAAGUCUAAACCAAGAGUUUCCUACUAAUCCAAAUAAGAGCCAUUUUAAUCCUUA